CCUUAUUAGUCAAGUAUGGUCUAAAGCCCAAACUAAUGUGUGUAUGGUUUAAAGCCCAUAUAAAUGAAACUCGAAAAGCAAUAUUUUUCCAGCCUCUUUGCCCCAUUUUUUAGGCCCCACUUUUUAUCUCUUGAUCAGACACAGAAGGCCCUUUCCCAUCAAUAAGGACAAAUCAACCCUUCAUGGGCCCAUACUCAUCCUCCAAUUGGCCCAAUUCCAUGUUUGUGGCCAGAAAUCAAUACCACAAAAUUGCCUGGACAAGGCAGAAAAAACAAUCGCAGAAACACCAACAUAUGAUAAUGGAUUAUGGAUGUGGUUCCUUAUCCCAAACCCACUUCCCAGAUUUCACUGCAUCCACCAUUGACAGCUCAGCCACCUUCUCUAACCCACCAUCACCGCCAACCAUCACGCACCAACGCCACCAAUGGACGCUCUCUCAGUCAAUCGAUCUCUCUCUAGCCUCAAACUCAGAACCAUAACCAUCCCUUCUUCUUUUCCCUCCCAACAGCAACAACUCGCCCUCAAACCAAACCGUGGCACCCGAAUCUUCACCGUCUAUGCCAUCCAAAACCAAGAAAAGGACCUCCAAGAAACUCAGGAAACGCUUCCGAGAAACAACGCCGACGACGAGUCGUACGGUGAAGUCAAUAAGAUCAUCGGUAGCAGAGCGGUGGGAGGUGGGGCCGCCAUGGAGUACUUGAUCGAGUGGAAAGACGGGCAUGCCCCUUCCUGGCUCCUGUCGGAUUACAUAGCCAAGGAUGUGGUGGCGGAGUACGAGGGUCCGUGGUGGACCGCAGCCAAGAAAGCCGACGAGACGGCUCUCCAGCGGCUCGCCGAGGAGGAAAUGCGUGACGUGGACGCCGUGGACCAAGAUGGGCGGACCGCGCUUAUUUUUGUUGCCGGGCUCGGAUCCGAGCCGUGUGUCAAGCUCCUAGCCGAAGCCGGCGCGAACCUUGACCAUCGCGAUAGCAGCGGCGGCUUGACGGCUCUUCAUAUGGCGGCUGGGUAUGUUAAGCCGGGUGUUGUUAAGGUGUUGCUGGAGCUUGGUGCGGACCCGGAGAUUGAAGAUGACAAGGGACGUGCGCCGUUGGAUUUGGCGAAAGAGAUCUUGAAGGUUACGCCUAAAGGAAACCCCGUGCAAUUUGCAAGGAGAUUGGGGCUUGAGAGUGUGAUUAGGAUGUUGGAGGGGGCAAUAUUCGAGUACGCGGAGGUGCAGGAGAUAUUGGAGAAGAGAGGGAAGGGUGAUCAUGUGGAGUAUUUGGUCAAAUGGAAGGACGGUGGAGAUAAUGAGUGGGUCAAGGCUGGUUUGAUAGGGGAGGAUCUGGUGAGGGACUAUGAGGCUGGGCUGGAAUAUGCUGUGGCAGAGGGAGUGGUGGGGAAAAGAGUUGGUGACGAUGGGGGCAGAGAGUACUUGGUGAAAUGGACGGAUAUGGAGGAAGCCACGUGGGAGCCUGAGGAGAAUGUUGAUCCUGAAUUAAUCAAAGAGUUUGAGGUGACCCAGGAAGUGGAGGCCCAGGCUCAAUUGAGUAAGGAAUAACGAUGGGCAUAAAAUUAUUUGGGCUUUUGAUAUUGGGUUUUAUGUUCAUUUCUGUGGUUAUUUGAAAUGAGGUUUACUGUGAUUGGGAAGCAAAAACAUUUUCUCCUUCCAAGAUUUUGUAAAGCAUUAUUAUAAACCACGAAGUGACUUUUUCUAAACGGACGAGGAAUUUAGGGUUGGUGUGUUGGGU